UGGCGGUGAACCCGACAACCAGUCAGUUGACAGCGAAAUUUGCCAUAACCAAAAAUGUUUAUCGAAAAAGGUGCAUAAAUAAAUAGGUUGUUUAGUAAAUGUGCCGCGAUUUUCGGUGUAAUUUCGUCUCGGGUGCGUCGUGCGAGCGAAUAGAAGGAAUAUCGAAGGACUGAAACGAAAAUGGCUCGGCCGCGAACGCUGUCCCGUGGAAACGUGCUAGGUUUAAAAAUUCGGAGAUAAUCGUCGCCUUAGCGAACAUGUAACUAAAAUACGUAACCCUACACCAUAAGACUGUAACCGGAAGAGGAGCACCAUUGGCGUCCCGCUCGACAAAUAAAUAUAGAUAUAUUUUUUAACGAUGGCGCAAGAGGAUAGGAAGAAGUUUUAUUGCCGCGAGUGGGCCUUUCAAAAGUUACUGCACUGUCUGGACCAGAGGCCGGUCUCGAAGACGUGCGGGGCACUGUUGCUGGGCAGCUCGGGCUGUGGCAAAACCACCUUCUGUUCGGAGCUGUGCUGGCCGUCGCAGGGCCCGUCCGGCAGGCAGCAGAGGGCGCUGAACCGCCGAUUGCUGUGCUACCAUUUUUUGCAGGGGCACAACGAAAAGAGCCUGUCCCUGAGUGAAUUCGUGCGCUCUCUGGUCACCCAAAUCCUGAACCAUUCUACGGAAAGCCACCGGGAGCGCAGUAUGCGCAAGAAACUGAUGCAGGAUAAGUCGAAGCCUGUUUCGCCGGUACCUCAGGAAACGUUCGGUCCUGAGACCGCCGGGGACGUUAAAAAAGCGCGCGCGAUUCCGAAUCUGCCGGUGAAUCCGCGUACCGUCAUCGCCGACGCGUACCUGGAGAAGUUAAAAUCGGAUCCCGAAAUUCAGCUCGCGUUGCGGGCGAAAAACAUCGAGACCAACCCGGACGACUGUCUGAAACGCGCGCUCCUCUUUCCCCUUUUAGAAAUCGAUCCCCCCAAGACGUCCCUGUUCAUAGUCAUCGACUCCAUCGACGAGCAUUCGUUCAUUUACUCCAACUCGACGCUUACGCGGUCCAAACCGAGAGAACGCGCGUCCCAGUCGCGCACGAUAGCCGAACUGCUCGCCAACCACCACCACCUGUUCCCCCAGUGGCUCCUCCUCGUAUGCACCGCCAAAAAACAGUCCAAAAGCAUCGCGAAAAUGUUCACCGGGUUUCGAAAGCUCAGCUUGGACGAUCUGCGCAAGACGCAGGUGGUGCGGGACGUCCAGCAGUACAUAUUGGCCAGGUUGGACCAGGAGAACAGCCUGCGGCAGCACAUAAGCCGGGACACUGCCGAGAUGCUCAACCAGCUCCACAUCAAGAGCAAUGGGUGCUUCCUCUAUCUCGAGAAGGUGCUGGACGGUGUAGCCGACAACUUCAUAGUGUUGAGGGAGGUACGGGAGAUACCGGGUACCCUCAACGGACUGUACUUGUGGCUGUGCCAGCGGCUGUUCAACCGACGUCAGUUCGCGAAGGUGCAGCCGCUGUUGAACGUCAUUUUGGCGGCGAAAUGCGCCCUGAGCGAAGCGUUACUAUUCGACAUCGUCAAGGUGAACUACCCGAAGAUCACCGUCGAGGAUUUCAAGAAGCGGUACCACUUGCUGAAGAGGAUCGUCGUGAUCACCAAGCACGGAUCGAUCCGGCUGUUUCACCACUCCUUCGCGGAGUGGCUCCUGGACAUCAAACACUGCACCCAGAAGUAUCUGUGCAACAUUUUCCACGGGCACUGCAUAUUAGCCAUGUAUUACACGUUGCACGCGAAAGCGCUAAACAACCGGGAGAUCUACGAUUACGCUUUCCAUUUGACGCGCAUGGAGCAGUACCUCAACGAGAAGCCCAAAAGUCAGAGGUGUCCUACGACGACGACGUCAAAACUAAAGGGAGACGCCUCGCAGAGCUCGCUGGAGAAGACAGCGACGGAAGCGUACGCUGACCUGAAGGCGCUCCAAGCGCUGACGAAAAACUACGAGCGCGAGCUGGCGAUGGAGAUCGAGAAUCUGCGCACCCUAGACGACGACCCGGACGUCGGUCUCAAUAAUUUGGACUCGAGUUUUGAGGGAAAAAUCGAGAACGUCGAGAGCCCCGGUUCUGACAAGAACGCCAUCUACGCGGAAGUGAACAAACUGAAGAAAACCUCUAACCAAAUACGCAAGAAUAUCGAGUGCCCGAUGGUGACGAGCUGCGAGAACAACCUCCUGGUGUCGGAGUACACGAACACGGCGUCGUCGGUUACUUCUUGCACGAUGCCGACGAGCUGCGAAGCCGGUACUAGCCAGCAGUUGGACGUGCACACGCUCACGGUGCUAUGGUUGAUCGACAGCGGCUGCGGCGUAGAGGAGUGUCUGCUGGAGGGUAACGAGAUGGCGGGUGUGAAUUUCGGCGCGUUCCUGCCCACCGAUCAGAAGGUGCUGAAGCUGCUGCUCGAAGCGGGGGCGGUGGAACAACAGGACGCUGAUGGCGGCGAGUACGAAAGUCAGCAGAUGUCCUUAGCUAGCACGUCGAGCGAACAGUCUCCCGAGUCCCUGUUCGAUCUGCAGGACCUGCACGGACAAGCCGCCCUCCAUGUGGCCGCCAGAUUGGGCCAGGCCCAAGUGGUUAAGGUGUUGCUCGAAUCCGGUACCAACGCGGACCAAGCGGACGUGGACGGUUGGACGCCUCUUAGAGCCGCGGCUUGGGGCGGCCACACCGAGGUGGUGGAGAUUUUAGUCCAACACGGUUGUUCCUUGGACAGCGUGGACGCGGAGAACAGGACAGCAUUGAGGGCGGCUGCGUGGAGCGGCCACGAGGAGAUAGUAAGGGUCCUCCUGCAGCACGGCGCCGACGUAAAUCUGACCGAUCACGAGGGCAGAACGGCCCUCAUAGCAGCCGCUUACAUGGGCCACAGCGAGAUAGUCGAGCACUUGCUGAAUUUCGGAGCUGACAUCAACCACGCAGACGCCGACGGCAGGACCGCCCUUUCGGUGGCGGCUCUUUGCGCCCCCAGAACCCCCGGCGUGAGUGUGGUGUCCACGUUGCUCGAGCGAGGCGCCAGCGUCGACCACAAAGACAAGGAGGGCAUGACACCGCUCCUCGUAGCCGCGUUCGAAGGUCACAGGGACGUUUGCGAGUUGUUGCUGGAGAACGAGGCAGACGUAGACCAUUGCGACAACAGCGGUCGCAGUCCGUUGUGGGCGGCGGCCAGCAUGGGUCAUGCCCCCGUCGUCGCUCUCUUGCUCUUCUGGGGCUGUUGCAUCGACUCGAUGGACUCAGAGGGCCGGACCGUUUUGUCCGUUGCCGCUGCUCAGGGUUGCGUCGAAGUCGUCAGGCAAUUACUGGACAGGGGCUUGGACGAGCAGCACAGGGACAACUCCGGCUGGACGCCGCUGCAUUACGCGGCGUUCGAAGGUCACCAGGACGUGUGCGAAGCCCUGCUGGAGUCGGGAGCGCGCGUCGACGAAACCGACAAUGAGGGCAAGGCGCCUCUCGCUUUGGCCGCCCAGGGCGGCCACACCUCCCUCGUCGACAUGUUCAUCGAGAAGUACAACGCGCCAGUCGACCAGAGACCUCACGAUGGCAAAACCGCCCUCAGGUUGGCCGCGUUGGAGGGCCACUACGAAGUCGUCCAGAUUUUGAUAUCCCGCGAAGCCGACGUGGACUCGAAAGACUCGGACGGGCGGAGCACCCUAUACGUGCUCUCCUUAGACAACCGGUUGGCCAUGUCGAAGUACUUUUUACAACACGGGGCGGACGUGGAGACCAGAGAUUCCGAGGGUCGCACACCGCUCCACGUGUCCGCGUGGCAAGGCCACACGGAGAUGGUCUCGCUGUUGCUCGACUACGGCAAAGCGCAAGUGGACGCGGUCGAUUUGGAAAAUCGGACCGCGCUCCAUUCGGCCAGCUGGCAGGGACACAGCGACAUCGUCAAGAUCCUGUUGGAACACGGCGCGAUGCCCGACCACACCUGCAAUCAGGGCGCCACCGCGCUAGGCAUAGCCGCGCAAGAGGGUCACGAGCUAUGCGUGGUGGCGCUGCUCGAGCACGGCGCCGACCCGAAUCAUUCCGACUCGUGCGGCCGGAACGCGUUGCGGGUUGCGGCGAAGUCCGGCCACAGGGGCGUCGUGCGGUUGCUCGAGGAGUACAACGCGCGCGCGCAGAAGAUGGCCGCGCACACGAGCAGCAGCGCGAACUCGAUCACGUCGGGCUCGACGGCCGAGACGAAACCGUGUUCUGCGAUCCUGUAUCCGGCCGGUGGCGGUGAAUGGACCGACCAACAGAGGAGAUCGACGGUGUCGUUAGGGAAUCACAGUUCGAAUUCGAAAUCGAGCUCGAACCUGACCGGGUCGAGCCAGUCGAGCAGACGAGGCGGCGGCGCAGAGAGGCAACGCGAACCUACUGCGCAGAACGCGCAGCCGAUGUCGUUCACGCAGCAGCUGCAGCAGUGCUCGCGCGGCGGCAAAACCCGACCCCUCAGCAAACUGUUGUCGCCCCUGCAAAGCGAACCCCAGAGCCCCAUUUACGCGUCCCCCCCGCUCAGCCCCGUACACGAUACCUCCAACAACAUAUUCAGCGCGAUGAACAUUUACCAGCCGGUGUUGAGGCACAACAACUUCGCGAAAGCUCCGGACACGCAUUUCGCGAGGGACACGCACAUGCGCAUCAUACUGGGCAACUCGGGAAACUCGCCGUUCAGCAAAGAGAAAAAGUCGGACGACAAAACGGAGAAGGAGUCGAACAAUACGAAACAGGGCAAUCAAAAAUCGAAACGCAACGGUAUAGUGACUAAUCCUGCGUUACGAUUGGUCGCCAACGUCAAAAACGGAUUGGAUUCGGCGGCCGCGAAUUUUAGGAAAUCUACAUCUGGCGCGAAUCCCGCCUCCAAAACGAAUAGUUUCCAUUGGAGAAAAGAAACUCCCUUGUAAUAUAAUAUGCGACGCAGAGUCGUGCCGUGUGAAUUUUGCUAGUCAAUAAUAAGAAUCGGUUUUUAGAUUUCGACCGUUCGUUUGGAGAAAGUCGCUAACAGCACUCACCUAGUCUUAACGAUAUCAAAGAAGCUAUUUCUAAGUUGUUUUUUUUUAUGUAAAACAAUAAUUUGUGUAUUUUGUAUAUUGAUUUUCGUGCGAAACUAGUUUCGAUCGGGCCUAAGUUCUGCAACGACGCGAGUUACUGUUUUAGGUUUUUUUUGUGAUAGACGUUUGGUAGGUUGAUUAUUUUUAAGUCUCUCGUUCGUAGGUUACUUAGGAAGCACCAGAUACAACAAACAAAACUGUACUGUCGCAUUACCACCGCACAGGGGAAUGAAAGAGAUUUGUUGGAUGUUGGGCAUAUCAUAUUUUGAAACCACACAAAAUUUGACAAAAUAUAGAAUAGAGCUCAAAAGAAUUUUAGUCUUGGUAUAUUUACAGAAAUAGCAUUACAUUUUUUUAAAUGUAAGAACAAUAAUUCAAAAGCGAAAUACCAAGGAUUAUUUAUUAUUACUAUUAAUUAGCAAAUAUUAAUUCCACUAAAAACAAUAAACAUUUCACACUUGAUAUAUUAACACAAAAAAAAACAUUAACUCCAUAUAAUACUGCGAUAAUUAAAUAAUGUUUAUACAAUAUUGCUUUAAUCUUUAGGCUUUAACUUUCAUCUUUAUUCUCAAGUCAUCUGACAAGUCGAACAAAUCUAAAACUUCUGGAGACAGUUCGGCAAUAUCUCACUUUUUAUAGAUAUUAUACAAUUUUUGUUCAACAACUUAUUGAACCUAUGUAAAUAGUAUGAUGCAUCCUAUAGUUCAAAUCCUGUUUUUUUUAAAUAGCAAAUUGGAGAAACUUUAUAUAUUUCUAAAUUUCUAACAUUAGUCGUGGUUAUAGUGAGUACACUAUCUUAAAGCUGAGAAAAAUUCAACUUUUUUGUUUAAUGCUUUUUGCUCUAUAUCUGCAAGGAAAGUGAUGGGACCUGUUCGAUAUUUUUCUUAAAUAAAGGCUGAACACAUUUUCAUAAACUCGUGAUUGCUUGUACCUUGCUAACAGGUGAAAUUUUCUGUCAGUCACAAAAAAGUGCCCAAUAAUUGGGGCGCUCUGUAUCAUGAAAGUGAAUAUUCUAGAAAUUCCUGUAAAACCUUUGUUUUUAAAAUUUUGGUUCUAAAAAAAACAGUUUUUGAAACUCCCAUAUUCAGUUUUCCAUUUUCCCGAAAAAUAUUCGGCCCGACGUCCGUUAUUUGUCUCAGCUAGUCCCAUUGUGCGCCGUAGGUAACGGCAACGCCCUACGUAAUAUCGGUGGCGUUGCCAGAUUGUUCAAGCAAUAUUCUCGAUUUUUUGGUUGCGUUUUGGUAAAGGAUCUCACACUGUGGCGUUUUUGAAAAUGUAACCCGAAAUAUUUUUAUAUGUAUGUAAGUUAGGAGACGUUUUUGAUGAUUUCGAUUGGUAACUCUUGAUUUACCUCGUAAAGACCCCCUCCGGCAGUUUCGUUUGGAAGCGAAGCAAUAAGCGGAAGACAUGCGACGCACCUAUAUAUCAAUUACUAUGCCUUUUUGUAUUUAUAUGAAAGCUUUAGUUUUAUACAGGUAUAAGAGAUAAACAAAACUGCACUGUAUAUGUUGAACAGUAUUAAGUGAAAA